GUCUUUAGAAUCCAAGUACUCAUUUCUGGUUUCUCGAAUUCUGUCAUCACUUCAAAAUUACCGCGACGUAAAUAUUUAAAUGGCCGCAUUUGGAAUCUGGCAGUACGAAAUUCGUCUCGAAAACAUGCCGAGUGCUGACUUCCGUCCAUUUAUGUAUCUUGUGUUGGUAUUAGGAGACUUACACAUUCCACACAGAUGUAGUAGUCUGCCUAGUAAAUUCAAGAAACUGCUAGUACCAGGAAGAAUACAGCAUAUUUUAUGCACUGGCAAUCUUUGUACAAAAGAGUCCUAUGAUUAUCUCAAGACAUUAGCCAGUGAUGUACAUGUAGUCAGAGGAGAUUUUGAUGAGAAUCUAAAUUAUCCAGAACAGAAAGUAGUUACUGUAGGUCAGUUUAGAAUAGGACUUUCCCAUGGACAUCAAGUGGUUCCAUGGGGUGAUCCAGAAUCUUUAGCUUUGAUACAGAGACAAUUAGAUGUCGAUAUUCUUAUAUCUGGACACACACAUAAAUUUGAAGCCUAUGAGCACGAAAAUAAAUUUUAUAUCAAUCCUGGAUCAGCUACUGGAGCUUACAAUCCUCUAGAUACAUCAGUUAUACCAUCAUUCGUAUUGAUGGACAUUCAAAGUUCAACGGUGGUUACGUAUGUAUAUCAACUGGUCGGAGACGAAGUUAAAGUGGAAAGAAUUGAAUAUAAGAAAAGUUAGAACCAUCGGAAUUUCCAGAAUGUAUCUAUUAUGGGUUAUACCCCGAAAUUUACUAAGAAUGCAAUUAUGUGCAUGAAUAUUCAACAUUUGUCAGAUACUUUUAAUCUGUCCCAGAUUAAUUAAUUAAUUAGCAUUUAAACGUA